UGUUAGGCCUAUUUUAUUUUCCACUUUUAUCCCGUCGGUGACUAAUACAUUUUUUUUUAAAAAAAAAACACACAUUUUGUACUUACAUAUUAAAGCAAUAAAUCAGGAUCUCAAUUCAAAGUAAAACCCAACUCACUAACUACAGUUCAACAAUUCUUUUCUUCUUUGAUUCAAGCGGAAAAAAUGCACGCGAAAACUGAUUCAGAUGUAACCAGCAGCUUGGCACCAUCAUCACCGGACCAUAAUCGGCGGCCGGUGUAUUACGUCCAAAGUCCGUCGCGUGAUUCACACGAUGGGGAGAAAACAACGACGUCGUUUCAUUCAACUCCAGUUAUCAGUCCUAUGGGUUCUCCGCCUCACUCUCACUCCUCCGUUGGCCGUCACUCCCGUGAAUCCUCCUCCAGCCGAUUUUCUGGCUCACUAAAGCCUGGAUCUCGGAAAAUUUCUCCUAACGACGCCGCCGCCGCAGCCGGCGGUAGAAACCACCGCAAAGGGCAGAAGCCGUGGAAGGAAUGUGAUGUUAUUGAAGAAGAAGGCCUGCUUGAAGAUGAUCAGUACAGCAAACCUCUCCCUCGCCGUUGCUAUUUUCUAGCCUUUGUUGUUGCGUUUUUUAUCCUCUUCUCCUUCUUUGCUCUCGUCCUUUGGGGUGCUAGUCGUCCUCAGAAACCCAAAAUUACCAUGAGGAGCAUAAAAUUUGAGAGAUUUGGGAUUCAAGCUGGUUCUGAUAACUCUGGAGUAGCAACCGAUAUGAUCUCAAUGAACGCUACAGUGAAAUUCGUUUAUCGUAAUACUGCAACAUUUUUUGGUGUACAUGUCACCUCAUCCCCUGUUGAUCUCUCAUUUUCAGAGCUCAUACUUGGCUCCGGAGCAAUGAAGAAAUUCCACCAAUCAAGAAAGAGCCAGAGAGUUGUAGCUGUAUCGGUAAUUGGAAAUAAAAUUCCACUAUAUGGAAGUGGAGCAAGUCUGAGCACCCCAAAAGGCGCUACCGCACAGCCCGUGCCAUUGAAAUUGAACUUUAAGGUUCGAUCAAGAGCUUAUGUUUUGGGCCAAUUAGUGAAGCCAAAAUUCUAUAAGACGAUUGAUUGUUUAAUUACUCUUAAUACCCAGAAGCUUAACGUUGCGAUUCCGCUAAAGAAUUGUACAUACAGUUGAUUAUUGAGCCUCUGGGUUUGGUAAAGUCUUGAUAUUUUUAUCAAUCUUUAUUGUCAACAAGUAAGUACUACAUUGAUAGCUAUUGGGGCAGUUCGUGGUCUCUCUCUUUACCCCACUUACCAACUUUCUCUUGAGUGGAAUAUGGACAGGACAGGCUGGAUUUGGCUAAUGUCUUUGCUUGAAUUGCUCAAAUUUUCAACAACUUCGCAAACAGCUGAUUGAUACUGGAAAAUGGACAGCGAAGGAUGUGACGAUUAUUCAUUUCUUAUGUUAAUUAAUCUUGUUAUUAUAAUAUAUACGAUCCUGUCAUAUUGUAGAUUGAUUUGUUUAUUUGUUAGAGUGUUGAAUUAUCAUUGUCAUUAUUAGUAAAUUAUUAGUGUUAUACUACAAGUUAUUACUCGUUUGUUGGGUUU